AUGACUGCGGAAGGCAGUGUUACCGUAUAUGGUAAGUAUGGGGAUAUCUACGUAUCCCUUACUGGCCUAGUGGACAAUUUGUGGGACAAGGAUGAGCUGAGCACAGCCGAGUCCCCGCUGCAUCAGGAUGACCAGGAGAUGGACCAGGAUGGCCAGGAGGACAGGUAUGCCCUGGCCCCAGAAGAGGGUGGAGGCCAUAUGUACGGGGUUGACUGGGCGGACCUGGAUCGCCCGGCGCUCGUCCAGCAUCACCAUGCGCACCAUCCGCUCAACAUGGCCGAAGUGGUUAUAGAUAAGCCCGCAUGCCCUAUUGGGCCAAGAGAAGCUGCAUGGCUACGGGAGGUGCUCACAAAUCUGCCGGAUUCCGACGGGCAGGACGAGAUGGCGCUGGUCUGGCAGAAGAUGUUGGAGACUUAUGAGGUUGCCUCGGCCCAACCUGUGGGACAUGACAUUGGAGUCGUUUAA